AUGAUUUCUCGACACAUUAUUGGUCCGAAAUACUGCAACAGGGUGACGGUCAAGCAGAUCGCACGUUAUUUGACUGGACCAGGAAACGCACCCAAGCUUCCCUCGCGGUUGGCAUUCGCAUUUGACAUUGAUGGUGUUCUCAUUCGUGGAAAGAACGUUCUGCCUGCUGCCAAAGAGGCGCUGUCGAUCCUUGAUGGCAACAAUAAACUCGGCCUCAAGAUACCCUUUAUUCUGCUCACCAAUGGCGGUGGUGAAAGCGAAGAGGAACGGUGUCGCAAAUUGAGCUCGCAGCUUGGCGUACAGAUUCAUCCCGAGCAAUUUAUACAGGCUCACACUGUUCUGAAAUCUGUUGUACGCAACUACGCUGACGUGCCAGUCUUGGUCCUUGGAGGCAAGGGUGACACCCUUCGUAGGGUGGCGGAAGGAUACGGCUUCCAGAAAGUCUAUAAUACGCUCGAUAUUCUCGCUUGGAACCCAUCGAUAUGGCCUUUCCACGACCUUACACAAGAGGAAAGAGCGUCCGUCAAGCCGACCGACUUCUCGAAGAUCCAAUUUGGCGCCAUCUUUGUUUUCCAUGAUCCUAGAAAUUGGGCGCUCGACAUCCAAAUCAUGUGCGAUGUGAUCCAGUCAAGGGGUAUCAUUGGGGGACCUGAUGAAUCCAAUCAUGCACGAAAGCCUGUCGACCUAGUAUUCUGCAAUCCCGAUUUAAUAUGGCGGUCAGAUUUUGAGGCUCCCCGUAUGGGCCAAGGAGCUUUUAAAGUUGCCUUCCAAGCUGUCUUCCAGGCAAGUUUUUCAUUGACAGGAUCCACUUAUCCUCACGUCCAAUUCGGCAAACCAACUGAAGCAACGUACGAGUUCGCAGAGACGAUGCUCAAGCAUCGGUUACAGGGGGUACCCAAGCCAUCGCUGUAUAUGGUUGGAGACAACCCAGAAUCCGAUAUAGCAGGUGCUAAUGCUGCAGGUUGGAAAUCAAUUUUAGUUCGCACGGGUGUAUAUGAUCCACAUCAUGGACCUCCCAGUCACCAGCCGACUCACCAAGCAGAGGAUGUUGCGGAGGCAGUUCGCUGGGCAUUAGAACAAGAAAACUGCUCAUAG